AUGGACGACACGACUUCGCCGCCCCGCAAGCGGAGGAGACACACGCGCAAGACGACCGGAUGCCGCCAGUGCCGCCGCCUGCACGUCGCGUGCGUCGAGGGCGCUGUCCUUUCCGGCGGCGACAAGGCAGUGUGCAAGCGCUGCUGGCAGACCGAUAGCGAGUGCUGGUACCCUGUCAUGAGUGGGGUGAUGAAGCGGCGCGCUGUGAGGGAGGAGGAGUGGGUGCGGGGCGUCGAGGUCGAGGUGUGGCUCGCGCCUGUGGAGGACUCGGGGGCGAUGGAGGCGCCGGCAAGAAUAUCGACAUCGACGACGUCGGGGCCAUCGUUGCCGACAAUACCGUCCACGAACCUGCCCUGUCCUAAGCCCGAUGCGAGCCCCAGCGUCAUGUUCACCCCGACGACCCUGGUCGACACGCCGUGGGAGGCCGACGUGAUCGAGCUGCCAAGCCUACCGAGCACUGAGUGGCCGCUCGACUUCCUCACCAACAGCACGAGCACGCUCGUCCCGGCCACCCCAGCACCACUCCUCCACUCCUCCGUCCUGCGCUCGUUGCUGGCCCCUGACCCGCCCAAGCUGCUGAUGACGUUCACACUCGCCUCACACUCACUCGCGCCGGCGGACCGCAGCGUGGUGUCCUACUUCGAGGCGCAGGGGUGCAACGACGUCGUCGCAGUCAACAGCUUCAAGGCGAACUGGAUGCACCGCGAGGUAUUCCCGCGGCUGCAGAGCUUGUUCUCGAGCUCAGCGUCAGGCGUGGGGGGCAUGAUGCGCGAGUAUAUCCGGCUUAACUUCCUCCAUCUUGCGCACACGCACCGCGCGAACAUUGAAACGGACACGGUGCGGCACUGGGCGUGGAAGAACGAGGCGGCGCGAUAUCUCGACCGCGCCAACUCCACGCUGCUGCGCGCGCAAUGCGCGUCUCGCAACGACGAGUGGAAGACCGAGGAGUAUCUGAUCGGGUACUUCAUCAAGUGCAGCGGCUCCAUCCUCUCCAACACCUGGGCAGCAGUGGACACCACCUCGGCCUUCGAGCUGCCCGGGAGUUCGUCAGCACUAACCUCGCCGUUCUACCACUCCCUCCGGGAAAUCUUCACCAUCUACUCGAUAAUCCAGUUCGCAUGCACGCGUAAUGGCGGCGCUCCGCGCCCACCAGCCGAGCGCCCGCGACCAGCCUUCGACCUCGACCUCACGGGGCCGGAGUGGACCGAGCCGUGGUUCGGCGUCUCGCGGCGCACGUUCGUGCUGUUGGCGGACGUCAGCGGAAUAGUGUACCAGCGCCAAGCGAUCCUCCGGGCCGGAAUGGAGGGCAGCGCGCUCGACCUCAUCCUCCGCGCUGAGGCGGAGCGGCUCGCUGCUGAGCUGGGCGACGUGAGCGUGUGGAGCGAGGCGGCAAUCGAGCCGGGGCUGAGUGAUCGUGUUCAGCGGGGCAGUGCGCUAAUGCGCCACGCACUUCGUACUAUGCUCCUGUGCGAAGUCCUCGAAACCGACCUCGCCGACCCGCGCCUCGCAGCAGCGCGAGCACGCGCAAUGGAGCUCGCGGCCGACUGCGAGCCGAGCAACAUGGUGGGGCUGCAAUGGGCCUUGACUAUCAUCGCAGUGUAUACCCGUGACGUCGCCGAGCGUGACCGUCUCCGCGCGCUCAACAAGAUGUGCCUCACGAUGAGCUUUGGCCCGAAUUACCCCAGCACAGACGACAUCCUCGACCUGUGCUGGGAGGUUCUGGACCGCGACGGGUACCCGCACGGCAUUGCGCCGUGGCGCGAGGCGAUGAACGCGCUGGGGCGGAAUUUGUUCAUGUAA